AUGCCCAGUCCUCCAUCCCACCCAUACUACCCCCUCGAUGCCAAUAUUGUGGGUUUUGAGCCCAACCAGACUUCAGUCUUGGAGCUUCUCGUCUCUGCUGGUGGGGCAUGUACCGUUCUUCUUAGCGUGACUUUCGCGUUGGCCAGCUAUGUGAAACCGACAUUGCGCAUGGCGGAUCGAAUCGCCAUCCUGUGGUUUGUGCUCUCUGGAACCUUACAUUGCUUCUUCGAGGGGUAUUUUAUGGUCCACCAUGACCACAUGGCUUCUGCCCAAGAUCUUUUUGGGCAACUAUGGAAGGAGUAUGCUCUGUCAGAUUCCCGGUAUAUGACCUCGGAUACGUUGGUGUUAUGUAUGGAGACAAUAACCGUGCUCUUGUGGGGACCAUUGUGCUUUGUUGUGGCAUACUUGACCGCAAUCAGGCAUUCCCUGCGCCACCCCAUUCAGCUAAUUGUGUGCAUAAGCCAUUUGUACGGCGACACGCUGUAUUAUGCCACCAGUUUGUUUGACGAGUAUAUCCACGAACGACCAUAUUCCCGACCGGAGCCGUAUUAUUUUUGGCUAUAUUAUUUCUUGAUGAACUUCAUCUGGAUUGUUGUCCCGGCCUACUAUCUCUACCGCAGCAUCUCCACCAUUUCAACUGCGCUCAAACAGGCGGAAAAGAAUAAGACUAAAUAA